GGAAAGAGCAGACUACAGAGCGGAGUGGUGUCAGCAGCAGCAGCAGCACAGCAGCGGCACAGUCAUAGGGAGGAAUCAAGUGGGAUACGCGUUGGGAUCUGUUAUAUCAUUCGGCUUUCAGGAAUACUUUCAUUUUCCUCUUAGAAGAUAUGAGACGAGUUGUACGACCGAGCAAAUUCCGUCACGUCUUCGGCGCGGCGGUGAAGAAUGACCAAUGCUAUGAUGAUAUUCGGGUGUCAAGGGUCACAUGGGACAGCUCUUUCUGUGUAGUCAACCCAAAAUUCGUUGCCAUAAUUAUCGAGGCCAGUGGUGGUGGAGCUUUCCUCGUUCUCCCUCUUAACAAGACGGGCCGCAUUGACAAAUCCUACCCCACAGUGUGUGGUCACACAGGCCCUGUGUUAGACAUUGACUGGUGCCCCCACAAUGAUCAAGUCAUCGCCAGCAGCUCUGAGGACUGCACAGUGAUGGUCUGGCAGAUUCCUGAGAAUGGCCUUAUCACUGCCUUGUCUGAGCCUGUUGUGGUUUUGGAGGGCCACUCCAAGCGUGUUGGCGUCAUCACAUGGCAUCCAACCGCACGCAACGUCCUGCUCAGUGCAGGUGGCGACAACCAGAUCAUCAUCUGGAACGUAGGCACAGGAGAGGCCAUGAUCAACCUGGAGGACAUGCAUCCUGAUGUCAUUUUCAAUGUGUCCUGGAACCGCAACGGGAGCCUCAUCUGCACCUCAUGCAAAGACAAGACUAUCCGUGUCAUCGACCCCAGGAAGGAGACCAUUGUUGCUGAGAGGGAGAAGGCACAUGAAGGUGCUCGACCAAUGAGGGCCAUUUUCCUUGCUGAUGGCAACAUCCUCACCACAGGCUUCAGUCGCAUGAGUGAGAGGCAGAUCGUCCUCUGGAACAUGCAAAACAUGGAGGAGCCCAUGAUUGUUCAAGAGAUAGACACGAGCAAUGGAGUGCUGUUGCCCUUCUAUGACCCUGACACCAGCAUUGUUUACCUCUGUGGAAAGGGUGACAGCACCAUCCGUUACUUUGAAAUCACGGAUGAGUCUCCAUACAUUCACUAUCUCAGCGCCUUUUCCACCAAGGAGCCUCAGAGAGGCAUUGGCUACAUGCCCAAGAGAGGCCUUGAUGUCAAUAAGUGUGAAAUUGCAAGGUUCUUCAAACUGCAUGAAAGAAAGUGUGAGCCCAUCGUGAUGACUGUGCCCAGAAAGUCUGACCUCUUCCAGGAUGACUUGUACCCUGAUGCAGCUGGCCCGGACCCUUCCAUCGAGGCAGAGGACUGGUUCGAUGGCAAGAAUGGGGACCCUAUUCUCAUUUCCCUGAAGAACGGCUACACCCCCAUCAAAAACCGAGAAUUCAAGGUCGUCAAAAAGAACAUUCUGGACAGCAAGGUGACCAAGAACUCAGAAAACUCGAGCCCUGCCAACAAGUCUGCCUCCCCAACUCCAUCAAUCAAAUCUGAAGCCAAGCUGGAGGAGAUCUUAAAGGAAAUCAAAUCCCUAAAGGACAUGGUCAGCAGUCAGGAGAAGCGAAUCAUCAACCUUGAGGAGCAAAUGUCCAAAAUUGCCAUUUAGGGACCCUUUCCCCAACCCGCUACAAUUCAGGACGUUCCAUUGGUUGGGGGUGGGUGGGACCAGUCACUGCCUAUCUCAAUGACAGUGUUUCGCCUGAGGCCUGCCUAGCAACGAUCCCUAGCAACAUUCCAGAUGAACUUUUUCUUAGCCAGCCCCUGACCCUCACUUUAACACAGGUGGAAUAAGGACGUGUGUCAAAUUUAGCAGAAAAUACUCUCGCUUUUUGUGACAAACGACUCUAUUCCUUUUAUUGUGUGGCAGUCUGUUUUUUAUUCAGUCUACCAGUCUCAAACAAUCUUACAUAUUCCAUAUUUUAGAAAUAUGACUAAGAUAGCUCCAGUGUCAGUAGGCUCUAUUUUUAAACUAGGUUCAGUAGUUUCAUGUUAUUUUGCCCAAAAUGAUAAAGUUGCCAAAUUUGAAAUUGUGUGAACACCUCCUUUACAGUAUUUCUUUCUUCUUCUGUCUGCGGGAAGAUUUAAAAUUCAAACAGGAGGACUCAUGCAGUAAAAUUGUUAUGUAAGAACUCAGAGGAUUCCAUUGAAGUAAUGAUCAUUUAAGAUUGGAUUGGUAUGCACAGAAGUUGGACUUCUUCAAAAUUUGAAAUAAGGAGGAAAUCAAUUCUUUAACUGCCACACUCAACACCACACACACAGACAUUGCAUAAGUGAAGAGUCUGCUGUCCGUGUUAAAGCUGCUCUAAAUUAACGCCUGCUUUCUGCCAUUCCUGCAGCUUCCCAUCAUUCUGACUGUGGACAAUGGUCCAUGUAAACAUGCAUUCCUUUCUAUCUUCCUCAUUAACAUGCACUGUGUGCUUCGCGCAAAAACAUUGAUUUCACUAGCACUUCUUGAUGCAGGGGGAAAAAUACUUCUUAAAGUCCAUCUCUGUAAAAACUCUGCUGUAGUGACUCAGUUACACCGUCAGCAGUUAUUGUGACAUUGUUGUGCUGCUCAUGAAAAGACCAACUCUGUGGACCUCAGUUCUGCUUUGUUUUUGUGAGAGGUUCGGUCAGCCACCUCAGUGUUUGGCAUCCACAGGUUUCAUUUAACACACCAGUGCGGUCAGGGGUAGUGGGAUUCUUUUUUUGUCACCGUUCCUUUGCAUAGUAUGCCAUCUCAGAUCUGUAUCCUCUGUACAAAAACAAUCAGGACGUGACUUGAAAUGGAAAGUUAGCACACAUUAACGUGACUAUUUAAACCAUCUGGUGAGGAUUCUGGACAUGGCUGCAGACACUUUUCAUGAUCGAUCUCAAAGGCCUGGAUUGUGUGAAAUAUGUGCCUCAUGUCUUAGGUCUUCUGGGGUUACUGUCACUACAGAUCUCUGUGCUUUGUUUCUUUGGAGGGGGGAACUCAAAUUAGAAAGUCCAAGAUUUGACUCAAACUUGGACAAAUUGAAUAUUCGGGUUAUUGCCUCACUGUUUCUUUUAGCUUGUUUCUUGUCCCAGCUGUGCUUAUAUCCCUCUUAGCACUUCCACUUCUUGGAUUUUUAAAAUAUUUUUUCCCUGAUGCCCAUAAUUUGUGUAGACAAAACAAAGUCAAGGAACCAUUUAAAUGUUCAAACUGAGCUGUUCAGACCAGACAGCUGUGAUAAAAGCUCUUCCUGAUGUUUUCAAAUUGUUUCCCGUUGGGAAGCUGAGACGGGUAAUGGUUCAGUCUGUUGUUUGCCUUCAAUAUUUGUUACCACUGUAAAGACCUGAAAGUGCCAUAGAGGAGACCACGGAUGUGUGUAGGGGACUGUUGUGUGAUAGAUUUGUGUAGUAAAGUCGACAGGUGCCCAGAUUUAAAACCACUUUGAGGUGCUAGUAAAAAAACGCUCUGUUCAAAGGACCCAGUUUCUUAAGUACUGUAUGUCGGUCCCUAUGGGGUACAUCUCAAAGUCCUGCCAAUUCAUUCCACAAUCCACCAGGCAGUGUUUUCUGGUCAGGGUUUGUUAAAAGCUUUGGUGCCCCUGACAUUCAACUCUUUCCAGCUCGGUACGGGUAUUCAAAUCAUCUUUAGAAACAAUGUCAGAUUGAGAAGCUGUUUGUGAACGCACAAGUCUUUUGAGGCAUCACAAGCAGCAAGUCUCUGAGAAUUGGGACAGGAAAUCUGCAGCGCUACAGAAACGUGGGUCUGAUGCAAAUUACACUGCCCUGUCUUGUAUCGUUUCUUUACAGCACUGUUGGCACGAGAGUGGAGUUUUGAGGAGUAGUGAGUAGUGACCCAAAGGGACUCUGUAGGUUGAGAAAUAUGCAGUUGAGAGAUGUAUGUUUGUAUUAAGGUCUAGGAAAUGUGUGAAAGCUGUGUAAAUAACAUGACCAUAUUUCUGUUUUUUUUUUUCCAUUUUGUUUUGUGGUUGUGCUGAAGAGGGUAUUUGUGUGGUAGGUGGGUUUUAAAUGUUUUCCCUUGUCCGUGUUCCCUGCACCUUGCCAUAAUGCAUCAUCAGAAGAGCAGAAUCACUGUUAUGUUAGAGGUUGUGUGAAUAUCUUGAAAGACAUCCAGACUGAAAUGAACCAGGUUGAUGCCUCAUCUCUGCUCAGCAUUUUUGUUCAUUAUUCUUGCUUCAAGUAUCAAACAUUGAUUAUAAGAAAAAUUAAUAAAGAAUUUUUAAAAGUG